AUACAUUCACAAGUUCUUCAUUGUCUUCUUGACUGACUGGCUGACCCCCUAAAACAUAAAUAUCUUCAAUCUUUACCUGCUUGUGUUUUUCUCAAGAUGGGGUUGUUUGUUUAUAUCAUCAUAAAUUAAAGAAUUUUAUAAACAUAAAAAAUGUUUAAGUCAGCAAGAUGGAGGAGUGACAAGAACAAGAUCAAAGCUGUUUUUAAGUUGCAGUUUCAUGCUACUCAGUUAGCACAAAUUGGGGGAGAUUCUUUAACAAUAGCAGUGAUUCCGGGUGAUGCUGUAAAGCCAACAGCAAGACUAGAGAAAGCAAAAAUAAAAGAUGGAUGUUGUCACUGGGAGAAACCACAUCAUGAAACUGUAAAGUUCACUCAGGAUCAAAAAACUGGAAAGUUCAAUGAGAAAGUCUUUCGAUUUGUUGUGGCAACGAGUUCUUCCAUAUUUGGUGUUGUUGGAGAAGUUUCGAUUGACUUUUCAACUUAUGCCGAGGCUACAAAGCUUUCUUCUCUUUCUCUGCCUCUCAAAUACGCAAAGUCCACGGGUUUACUCCAUGUAUCAAUUCGAAGGGUGCAAGAUCAAAGGGAGAUUGAUGGAAGUGAAAAUGCAAAUGAAGACACUAAGAUUAAAAGGGCACAAUUCAGCAAUGGUGAUAUUGAAGGAAGCAUUAGAAGUGAUCCUUCUGAAGAUCAGGGGGCUUCUAUUGAAAACAUUAAAAGAGAUUGCGGGGCAUCUAGUGGAUCCGAUAUCACGCUUUCAUGUUCUGAUAGCAGUUCCGGAUUCGAUACCCCACGAGAACCUGAUCCAAAGAAUUUUAAACUGACUCACGAAUCCUCAACGACAACAACAACAACAAUAUAUGAAGAACAAUAUCAAAGAUCAUCACAAUGGGACUGGUUAGAUGGUUCAGCUCACGAAUCAAGUACAGAUGAUUUGUCUAUGAUAAGUCCACAGGAGACUCUCUUAAGAGAAAUAUCCGAGGAGGGCUCUCCUGAUGAUGUCAUUAAAAAGCUCAAGGCUGAACUUGUAACGGUAGCUAGGCAAGCUGAGGUCUCAGAGAUGGAAUUACAAACCCUUCGCAAGCAAAUUGUGAAGGAAAGCAAAAAAGGUCAGGAACUUUCGAGGGAGGUAGCUGCCCUUAAGGAAGAGAGGAACGAAUGGAAGGAGGAGUGUCAAAAGAUGAAAGUCAAAGUCAAUGUCAACAAUAAGUUGUUGACUGAGGGCGGUGACCCAUGGGCUCUUUUGGAUGAAUUGAGACAAGAACUGAAUUAUGAAAAGGAUCUGACUUCCAAUCUUCGGUUACAACUUCAGAAAACGCAAGAAUCAAAUGCAGAGUUGAUUCUUGCUGUUCGGGACCUAGAUGAGAUGCUCGAGUCGAAGUCAAAAAGUCCUGUUGCUCCAAAGUUGCAAGAAGUCAAUUCUAAACCCGAGACAGAUGAUGAUGAAGAUCAGAAGGCUUUGGAAGAUAUAGUUAGAGAACACAGUGGCCUGAAGGAUGCAUAUUUACAGGAGCAAAAAAUAAUCGAUUUGUAUAAUGAAAUAGAGUUAUAUAAAAGAGAUAAAGACGAGCUCGAAAUACAAAUGGAGCAAAUUGCUCUCGAUUAUGAGAUUUUAAAGCAGGAAAACCAUGACAUGUCUUACAAGCUGGAACAAAGUCAACUUCAAGAACAACUAAAAAUGCAAUAUGAAUGUUCAACUACUUACUCUACUGUAAACGAACUUGAAUCCCAGAUAGCAAACUUAGACAGUGAGCUCAAAACAAAAUCGGAAAAAUUAUCAGAAUCAUUGAUUGCAAUUACAGAGCUCGAAACCCAUAUUAAGAAUCUUGAGGAAGAUUUGGAUAAUCAAGCUCAUGGGUUUGAGGCGGAUAUGGAAGAUCUUAUACGUUUAAAAGUCGAGCAGGAGCAAAGAGCCAUUCGUGCUGAGGAGAAUUUAAGAAAAGUGAAAGUACAGAAUGCUAAUACAGCAGGAAAACUUCAAGAAGAAUUUAGAAGAUUGUCCACAGAAAUGACGUCGGCUUUUCAUGAAAACGAGGCUGCUGCCAUUAAGGCCAUGGAUGAAGCCAAUCAAGUCCGGGUAGAAAAGAGGAUCCUUGAAGAGAUGGUCAAGAAAGUCAAAGAAGACUUUGACUCUCUCACGGACCGAUAUGAGCAGAAAUUGGAUGAUCUUUCAGGCCAGUUAACUCUAAAAUCGAAACUUGUAGAGGAUAUGGAGAUACAGAUUGAAAAAUUAUCCCGUGAACUUGAAUAUCAAAAAACUAGUUACAAUGCUAAGAUUGAAAAUCUUGGUAGUGAAAGAAAUGAUCUUGAGAACGAGAUUCGUUUGGUAAAGAUGGAAUUGGAGAGCUCAAACAUAGAACUGAGUGAGCUUAGAAAUGUUAAAAGGGACAAGGAUAAUGAAGUUCAAAGGCUACAAUCGGAGAUGGAACGUUUAAAAUCCCGAUGCAACGACAUGAAACAGUUCUUUAAAGAGUGCGAAUCGGAGAAAGAGCAUAUGAAGAAGCAAGUGUCUCAACUAAAGAGUGAUCUCAAGAAGAAAGACGAAGCAAUUAAUCAUAUAGACAAAAAGCUCAAGGAGGGGAGCAAACCAACUCCCAGAAAUAACAAAUGUGCUCCUGUUCCUCGUAGCAUGAAAGAGGUCACCGGUAUGAAGGACCGAAUUAAAUUACUUGAGGGUCAAAUAAAGCUAAAAGAAACUGCAUUAGAAUGCUCUGAAGCUUCGUUUUUGGAGAAAGAAAAAGAUCUUCAACAUAAGAUCGAAGAGUUGGAAAAACGGUUGGAGGUUAUUGAUCAAAAUAUUGAAAGUCCACAGGUAUCUACAGCUGAAAAUUCAGACCCUGCAACCAUAAGUGAUGAUGCCAUCAAAACCGUGGUGAAGAAGAACGGAAAGCAAGGAAUCCUGGAGGUAUCAUCCGACAAAAUGGAAUUGUUGAACAAAAACAAGUUAAUGGAAGUAGAAUUGAAGGAAAUGCAAGAAAGAUAUUCAGAAAUAAGUCUAAAGUUUGCAGAGGUAGAGGGUGAAAGACAACAACUUGUAAUGGCCCUACGAAACUUAAAAAACACAAAGAGAUGCUAGCGAUGGUACACGGAUCAUCUGUAUCAUACAAUAUAUGUAAAUUCGUAUACAUGAUUUAUUUUGUUCUUUGUUUUUUGUUUAUCUCGUCGAGGUUUAUUGUGUGAAGAUAUCAUGUAGGUUAGCAUGCUGAGCCUCCUAAUAAUAAUAAUAAAUCCAUGAUUUUGUCCAACUUCAGCUCCAUUUUCUUGUGAAGUAUCAUAUGUAAAAGUAUGACAAAUAUUGAAUGAAAUAGUUGUAUAUGGGUCCGAUUUGUUU